AUGAUGCAUUAUGUAAUCAGUGUGCAUUACUACGAUGUCGUUUAUCAUUUUGUGAUUCGUACCACUAACAGGAAACGAUUGUAUUGGGUUGACACAUACGCAUUCAAGUCGAUCAAUCAGCUGAUUGAUUUUCACCGAACUACCCGCACACCGUUUCGUGCGUGUCUCGACACGAACGAAGACAUUGCUGUUUACCGUAACACAGCUGUAAAAGAGUUAAAGAAAAUGAGAAUGGAAAGGAUGCGGUCGCGGAAUAAAUGCGAGCUUGUGGUGCUGACAUAUCCAGUGAGAAAGUACGAGUAUCAGUUGAAUCAUGAACAGAUUGAACUGGUCACAAAAAUCGGAGAAGGCCAAUUUGGAGAGGUCUAUAUCGGCUUGUUGCAGCUAAAUGUGAUUCGAAUUUACGGUGUAACUGCGGCUCAUGAUCCUGUCAUGAUUGCAAUGGAACUUUGCAUGGGAAAUUCUUUGGAAUACAUGAUCUCUGAAGUGGGAACUAGUUUGAGUCAAAAAAUUGUAUAUCUCCUAGGUGCUGCAAACGGUUUGAAUUAUCUCCAUGAAAAUGGUGUCAUUCACAGAGAUAUUGCUGCUAGAAAUUGUUUACUCGAUGGUGAUGAGAACGUGAAAAUAUCCGAUUUCGGAUUGUCUGUUGUUGACGCCACUGGCAAAGGAUUAUCGGAGAGGAAAGGAGGCCGUUUGCCUGUCAGAUACAUGGCUCCAGAAACGCUGAGAAUUGGAAAAUAUUCCGCUUUGACUGAUGUUUAUGGGUUCGGCGCAAUGAUGUACGAGGUAUUCCAUAAAUGUAAAGAGCCAUUCGGAGAAUAUCGAGCAGAUGGAAACGUUCUUCGGCGAGCAUUCAUUAAUCGGAAUAUUCAAUUGUAUCUUUGGGAACAUCCUGAAGGGGUUCCGAAAGUCAACUAUGAUCCGCCCCCACUCACCAAGGAUAUGAUGGAAAAGGGCGAGAAGUUGAAGCGGCAUGAGAAGAUCAAGGAGGGAUCAAUUCAAGUGCUCGCCAAUUGGGAUUCAGCAAUGGAAAAGCCAGAGCAACCGAUUGCGGAUCGUCUUGAGCUGCUCUUCAACGAAUGCCGCAAAUACAAGUCAAUCGAAAGGGCUCAGUUCGCAAUUGGCAGCAAAACGACAAGCAAGAUUAUAAUUUCAGAUUAUUUGAAGAGAAUUAUAUUCGACUAUAACCUACAGACAAAAAAGGAAAAGCAGAUCAGUGGAUUUGUGUCGAAUCUUUUGAAUAAGAUUGUUUAA